CUGGUGGCCGACGCCUCCAUGGUCCGCAAGUACGGGAAGGGGCUGCAGCACUACCUGCUCACCUUGUCCUCCAUCGCCUCCCGGCUCUACGCCCACGCCAGCCUGGAGAACCAUGUCCGGCUGGCCGUGGUGAAGGUGGGGGCCCUGGGUGAGAAGGAGAAGGGGCUGGAGGUCAACAGGAACGCUGCCACCACCCUCAAGAACUUCUGCAAGUGGCAGCACCAGCACAACCGCCUCGACGACGACCAUGACGAGCACUACGACGCUGCCAUCCUCUUCACCCGCGAGGAUUUAUGUGGGCAUCAUUCAUGCGAUACUCUGGGAAUGGCAGACGUUGGGACCAUAUGCUCUCCUGAGCGCAGCUGUGCAGUGAUUGAAGAUGAUGGCCUCCAUGCAGCUUUUACAGUGGCUCACGAAAUUGGGCACUUGCUUGGGCUUUCCCAUGAUGACUCCAAAUUUUGUGAGGAGAACUUUGGCUCCAUGGAAGAUAAGCGCCUGAUGUCCUCCAUUCUGACUAGCAUUGAUGCUUCAAAACCCUGGUCUAAAUGCACUUCAGCAACUAUAACAGAAUUUUUUGAUGAUGGUCAUGGUAACUGUUUGCUGGACCAACCGAGAAAGCAGAUCUUGGGCCCCGAGGAGCUUCCAGGACAAACCUACGAUGCCAUUCGCCAGUGCAAACUGGCGUUUGGACCCGAAUACACAGUCUGUCCUGGUAUGGAUGUGUGCUCUCGCCUCUGGUGUGCAGUUGUGCGCCAAGGUCAGAUGGUUUGUCUGACUAAGAAGCUUCCUGCUGUGGAGGGAACACCAUGCGGAAAAGGGAGGAUCUGCCUCCAGGGAAAAUGUGUUGACAAAACCAAGAAGAAAUACUACUCAGCUUCAAGCCAUGGUAACUGGGGGUCCUGGGGACCUUGGGGACAGUGCUCCCGUACCUGUGGCGGAGGAGUUCAGUUUGCUUAUCGUCACUGCAAUAACCCAGCCCCAAGAAACAACGGCCGGUACUGCACCGGCAAGAGGGCCAUCUACCGCUCCUGCAACGUUGCACCCUGCCCAGCAAAUGCUAAAUCUUUUCGACAAGAGCAGUGUGAAGCAAGGAAUGGCUAUCAGUCUGAUGCAAAGGGUGUCAAGACAUUUGUUGAAUGGGUCCCCAAGUAUGCUGGAGUACUUCCCGGAGACGUUUGCAAGCUUACCUGCCGAGCCAAAGGAACUGGUUAUUAUGUGGUAUUUUCUCAGAAGGUAACUGAUGGUACUGAAUGUCGACCGUACAGUAAUUCAGUCUGCGUCCGGGGAAAAUGCAUCCGAACUGGUUGUGAUGGCAUCAUCGGUUCAAAGCUCCAGUACGACAAAUGUGGGGUGUGUGGAGGAGACAAUUCCAGCUGCACGAAAGUCAUGGGAACCUUUACGAAAAAGAGCAAGGGCUACACAGAUAUAGUGAAAAUCCCGGAAGGGGCAACCCACAUCAAAGUUCGGCAGUUCAAGACUAAGGACCAGAGCAGGUUCACUGCCUACCUGGCCCUGAAAAAGAAGAACGGUGAGUACCUUGUCAAUGGAAAAUAUAUGAUCUCCACUUCAGAAACAAUCAUUGACAUCAACGGGACUGUCAUGAACUACAGCGGCUGGAGUCACAAAGAUGAUUUCCUGCACGCAAUGGGACACUCUGCCACAAAAGACGUUCUUAUUGUGCAGAUACUUGCAACUGAUCCAACUCAGCCAGUGGAUGUCCGCUAUAGUUUCUUUGUGCCAAAGAAGCAAGGGCAAAUGACUAACUCUGUCAUCAGCAGUGGCAGCAGCAGCAGCAAAGUAACUCCACAGCUCAUGCAACCCCGCUGGGUGACGGGGCCGUGGCUUUCUUGUUCUCGAACAUGCGACACAGGAUGGCACACCAGGACUGUCCAGUGCAAAGACGGGCAUGGAAAAUUAGCUAAGGGAUGUCUUCUCUCUCAGAGACCGUCAGCUUUUAAACAGUGCUUGUUGAAAAAGUGUUAA